UUAAAAACGAAAAAGAUCCUUUUGCUCUUUUGAUUCAGAAAAAUACCGAAAUGAAUCGACUCCAUUCUAGAAAUUCUUUAUUGGAUUGGAUGGGACUGAAUGAAGAAAUACUCGACCGUCCAUUAACGGCUGAGGAACUUUUGGUUUUCCCAGAAUUUGUGUGGUUUGUUAAUUUAUAUAAACUGAAACCAUGGAUUAUACCAAGCGAAUCACUUAUUUCAAAUUUGAAUCUUAAUGAAAUGACAAGUCAAAAGACCGGUAAAACUCAGAAAGAUAAAAAAGAUAAAACUGAGAGUAAAAAAAAAGAUAAAGCCGAGGGUCAAACCAAAAGUGAACCUGAGGGUCAAACCAAAGGUGAAACUCAGGGUGAAACCAAAGGUAAACCUGAAGGUGAAACCAAAGGUAAACCUGAAGGUGAAACCAAAGGUAAACCUGAAGGUGAAACCAAAGGCGAAACUGAAGGUGAAACUGAAGGUGAAAAGAAAAGUCAAACUGAGAUAGAACUAGAGUUAUUCAUGAAAAACUAUUUAUUUUUUCAAUUUAGAGAGGAUUUUACUUUAAAUCAAGGCCUUUUCCAAGAUCUCCAAAUCUAUUGUCUCUUGCUUAGAAUGAUAAAUCGAAAAAAAAUGAUGCUAUCAUGGAUUCUAAGGGAAAAGUUAAAUUUGGGUCUAAUGCCACAGAUGGAUCAGAAAGAGAGUGUUCCAGAUUCAAAAGAAAUGUUCCAGAUUCAAAAGAGAGUGUUCCAGAUUCAAAAGAGAGUGUUCCAGAAUUUUAAAAAAGACGGGAUUUUUGGUCGACCCCCUUCCGCUGUCUAUCAAACAAAUGGAGAAUUUCUUAUGUAUGAAACGAUAGUUAUUUCGUUGGUUCAUAGAGUAAACAAAUUCUUAAUAAAGAAGACGUAAAACAAAGAAUAAUUCGCGCUCGAGAGAACAAUAAUUGUGAUCCGCUUCUUAUUGAAAAUAUUUUAUCAUCUAGGCGUCGUAGAGAAUUAAGAAACUCUAAUUUGUUUCAAUUCACACAAAUGGAAUGGCGUGGAUGCAAAAUUCUCUAGUUUCCAACAAAAAUAAAGUUUGGGAAGAAAGCAACCCUGGGCCUAAGGAUCAAAAUAAAUUAAUUGAAUUUUUUCUUUGGCCUAAUUAUCGAUUGGAAGAUUUAGCUUGUAUGAAUCGUUAUUGGUUUUAUACUAAUAAUGGGAGUCGUUUCAGUAUGUUAAGGAUCCAUAUGUAUUUUACCAUUGAAUUUAAAUUGGUGGAAAUUUAAUUGAUAGUAGUACUAUCUACCCUGUAGCAGGGUAGAUGGUAGCAGGUUAGAUGAAAAACCAAUAUGGACACAUACCCUAUUUUAUACCUCAUUUUAAUUUGGAUCUAACUGAAUUGAGGAUACCAUAUAUCUAUCUAGAUCUAUAUAGAUAUAUUGUACCUCAUUAAAAGAAUAUUAAGUUGAAAAAAUUCACUUUGAUUUUUAUUAAUGAACCCUAAAAGAAAGGGUUUUCUUUUGAUUUGAAUUGAUAGACUUAGUUAGAAGAAUUCCUUUUUAGCAAUAAAUGUCUUUCACAUCCAGUGAUAACCUGUAAAUCAUUUGAAAUGGCAGUUCCAAAAAAACGUAUUUCGAAAGCCAAAAAGCGUAUUCGUAAGAACAUUUGGAAAAGAAAGACUAUUGAGGUAAGAUUAAAAGCUCUUUCAUUAGCAAAAUCUCUUUUAACGGGUAAGUUUCAAAGUUUUUUUUACAAAAAAAAUAAGAAAACAUUGGACUCAUUUCUGUCAAGUUGAUUUAUUCUAUAAUAUAGAAUAAAAGUAAAUAAUAUUAUCCUUUUUUUCUUUAUUUUUUGUUCGUUCGUUUUUAGUUACUAAUCAAUUAUUUCAUAUCUAUGAAAUGAAUCUAGAACUUAAUUAUAAAAAAUUAUUUUAAAUGCAUAUUAUAUAUCAAUGAAGGGAGGUUCAUUUAGUUUAUGAUAAAAAACUUACAAAAACAGAGGUUCCGUUGAAUUUCAAGUAUGGAAUUUCACCAAUAGAAUACACCGGCUUACUUCCCACUUGAAAUUGCACAAAAAAGACUAUUUAUCUCAAAAAGGUUUACGUAAAAUUUUGGGGAAACGACAACGACUUUUAGCUUAUUUAUCAAAAAAAAAUAAAUUCCGCUAUAAAGAAUUAAUUGAUAAAUUGGAGAUUAGAGAGACAAAAACUCAUUCAUUUUGAAGUUGCAUAGCUUUUCAAACCUAUUAUAGAGGUAAAUUUAGAACAACAAUAUGGUUACUGAAACAAUUAAAAAAGAAUAGCUUG